AUGAAAUUAGCCAUCUUAGCCAUUUGCCUUUUGGGCUUCUUGAUGCUGGAGUGUCAUUCGUCGCCUGUUCAACUUGUGGAAAAUUAUGAACUUGUAUCAAAGGCCCGAGCACUUGGCCGACAAGCUGCAAGUGGCGAUAUUGCACCGGUUCCAGCUGCUGCAGCUGCCCCCGCUGCAAAUGAGCCAAGUCCAGCUGCUGCAGCCGCCCCAGCUCAACCAGCUGCAGCUGCCCCAGCUCAACCAGCAGCUGUCGCUCCUGCCCAACCUGCUGCUGCUGCUGAAGUCCUCGAAGAAGCUGCUUCUGCUGGAUCCGAAGGUGAGAAUGUGAUCGUCUCUGGUGCCGAAGAAGCUGUUGAAGGUGAACAAAAUGUAUUCUACGACGAAGAGAACUCGGGCAUCGAUACCAAAGUUGACAUCCAAUCUUUGAAUGUCAAGCCAAUCGAAGCUACAACAGCAAAGGUUGCCGUAGCAGCACCAAUUGUUGCUAACAAUCAAGUUGAAUCAUCUGAUGAUGAUGACGACGAUGAUGACGAUGACAUUACUGGUGCCUUGACUGAUACAAUUUCUAUGCGGAGGGGAGUGCGCGAUGAAGUACGCGAUGGAAAUGAUAUGAUUGUGCUGUCUGCUGUUAAUGCUCGGCAAGUGGGUUAA